AUGAUUGAAGAUUGUGGGAGGAGUGGCGACAUCAUGGCGGAGAGACGACAACUGUUCGCAGAGAUGCGGGCGCAAGAGUUGGAUUCCAUAAGAUUGUCCACGUAUAGAACUGCUUGCAAACUCAGAUUUGUUCAGAAGAAAUGCAAUCUCCAUUUGGUGGACAUAUGGAACGUGAUCGAGGCGUUCAGAGAGAACGGUCUGAACACCAUGGACCUCAACACAGAGUUCACUGUGGCUCGCCUGGAAGCAAUACUAUCGACCAUCUUCUACCAGCUCAACAAGCGCAUGCCCACCACACACCAGAUCAAUGUGGAACAGUCCAUCAAUCUGCUACUCAACUUUCUCCUGGCUGCCUAUGACCCGGAAGGCCUCGGAAAAAUGUCUGUCUUUGUUGUGAAGAUGGCCCUGGCAACCAUCUGCGGAGGAAAGAUUUUGGAUAAAUUAAGAUAUAUUUUUUCACAGAUAUCAGACCCUGGUGGCAUAAUGGUGUAUUCCCAAUUCGACCAGUUUCUGAGGGAGGUUCUCAAAUUGCCAAUGACUGUUUUUGAGGGGCCUUCCUUUGGCUAUACUGAGCAAGCCACAAGAACCUGCUUUACACAGCAGAAAAAGGUCUCCCUCAACACAUUCCUGGACACGAUGAUGUCAGAUGCUCCUCCUCAGUGUCUGGUGUGGUUACCACUCAUGCAUCGCUUGGCUAAUGUGGAGAAUGUGUUCCACCCGGUCGAGUGCUCCUACUGCCACAGUGAGAGUAUAAUGGGCUUCCGCUACCGCUGCCAACAAUGUCAUAAUUACCAGCUCUGUCAGGACUGCUUCUGGAGGGGGCAUGCCAGCGGUUCCCAUAGCAACCAGCACCAAAUGAAGGAGUACACAUCAUGGAAAUCGCCUGCUAAGAAGUUAUCUAAUGCUCUCAGCAAGUCACUGAGCUGUGCAUCCAGCAGAGAACCUUUACACCCCAUGUUUCCUGACAUGCCAGAAAAACCUCUGAACCUAGCCCACAUUGUGCCUCCCAGACCAAUGAAUAGCACCAAUGACUUCAUGCUCUCCCACUCCAUGCCCACGUCAGGGAACCCUUACUCCACUAAGAACUGCCUUAUAGUACCAAGAAUAAUGAAGUUGAGCAGAAAAAAAACAUUGGCUAGGGCUGCUUCAGAUCUGUUGAAAGGAAGGGGGUUAAACUACAGCCUUGAUGUGGCCGAUAGACUGGCUGAUGAACAUGUUCUCAUUGGGCUGUAUGUGAAUCUCAUGCAAAACAACCCCACGUCAUGUUUGCUGGAGAGCAGUUCCCACCAGGAGGAAGAGCACAGUCUCGUCGCCCGCUACGCUGCUAGACUGGCCUCUGACGCAGCCGCCGCGCAACAGCAGCAGAGGGUCCCCAACGACAUCUUUUUCUCUCUGGAUGCCAACAAGCAGCAGAGGCAGCUUAUUGCUGAGCUAGAGAGCAAAAACAGAGAGAUCUUGCAGGAGAUCCAGCGUCUGAGAGUGCAGCACGAGCAGGCCUCUCAGCCUCCCACAUGCACGUCCCAACAGAACCCCACUCUGCUGGCCGAGCUACGGCUUCUCAGGCAACGCAAAGAUGAGCUGGAGCAGAGGAUGUCUGCUCUGCAGGAGAGUCGCAGGGAACUCAUGGUACAGCUGGAGCAGCUGAUGCUGCUGCUGAAGGAGGAGGAAAGGAAGCAAGCUACUCAGGGACCUGGCUCCCCCCGCUUGUCUCCCAGCCACACAGUCAGUCGGCCCAUCCCCAUGCCAAGCCAGUCAGAGUCUGCCGGCACCACACCCACUCACACCCCUCAGGACUCACUCAUGGGUGUGGGAGGGGACGUGCAGGAGGCCUUCGCUCAGGGCCCCAGGAGGAACUUGAGAAAUGACCUCCUUGUUGCUGCUGACUCCAUCACCAACACCAUGUCUUCAUUGGUUAAAGAGCUCAAUUCAGAGGCUGGAAGUCAAUCAGAGAGCAACAUGGACUCUCAGACAGAUGAACUGUUCUCCUCUCCCACUUCCGAUCUUCCAGCACAGAUGACCACUAAACCACGGUAA